CUGGCUGGUCCCCUGUGAGCCCUGAGUGGUGUAGCGAUGGACAGCUGGACCCUCCGGGGGGACAGCUACUCCUUCCUCCGCAGCAGCGCUCCUUGCGUCUUCUCCCUGCUCCACCGUGACGGAACCCCGAACCACGUGGAGAUCUUCGACAUCACCAACAUCCCCAGCCAACGUUCAGCCAUCUCUGAGACCACCUGCCUCUGUGACAUCUUUGGGGACGACUGUGAGUCACUCUCCAGUAGCCCAGCUACAGGGGCCUUCGUCCACCCUCCCGUCCCCCCACCUAGGAGGGAGGCAGCAGUGCCAGGGCAGAGCUCAGAGUUGUCCCCAGUGCUGCCCUGCAUGGUGGAUGAGCUGAACGACUCAACAAGUUCUUACCACACAGCACCAGAGAGAUUUGAGGAUUCUACAGAGAAGCUCAGUCCUCCAACGCAGAGGGAGAAUAAUUAUAAUUUAUCUGAAGGCUGGGAGUCAGGAGCAUUAGCUACUGCACUAAACAACUCAUCCUCAUCGUGGACGUCUAAGGACAUCAGCCCAAGACUAGAACAAGGAAAUACAGCUCCAACACCUGGAUGGAGGACAGAGGACUCCUCACCUGAGGUGCCUAGCCUUACCUUUAACACUACAACACCUUCACCUGGCUACAGUAAUACUACAACACCUUCACCUGGCUACAGUAAUACUACAACACCUUCACCUGGCUACAGUAACACUACAACACCUUCACCUGGCUACAGUAAUACUACAACACCUUCACCUGGCUACAGUAAUACUACAACACCUUCACCUGGCUACAGUAAUACUACAACACCUGCACCUGGCUACAGUAAUACUACAACACCUUCACCUGGCUACAGUAACACUACAACACCUUCACCUGGCUACAGUAAUACUACAACACCUUCACCUGGCUACAGUAAUACUACAACACCUUCACCUGGCUACAGUAACACUACAACACCUUCACCUGGCUACAGUAACACUACAACACCUUCACCUGGCUACAGUAAUACUACAACACCUUCACCUGGCUACAGUAAUACUACAACACCUUCACCUGGCUACAGUAACACUACAACACCUUCACCUGGCUACAGUAACACUACAACACCUUCACCUGGCUACAGUAACACUACAACACCUUCACCUGGCUACAGUAAUACUACAACACCUUCACCUGGCUACAGUAAUACUACAACACCUUCACCUGGCUACAGUAAUACUACAACACCUUCACCUGGCUACAGUAAUACUACAACAUCUUCACCUGGCUACAGUAAUACUACAACACCUUCACCUGGCUACAGUAAUACUACAACACCUUCACCUGGCUACAGUAAUACUACAACAUCUUCACCUGGCUACAGUAAUACUUCAACACCUUCACCUGACAGUAAAGGUUCAGCUUCAUCAGUGGUCCAGCGUUCACCUGCCCCCUCACUACAGUGUAGAGAAACCCACUUGUCACCUAAACCAGAGAACAGAUACUCCAGCCCUUCAUCUGAAUCCGUGGUCCCUGUGCAUUCCAUUGAGGCCAGAGACAGAGCUGUCUCACCUGGAGUCAGAGGCACAGCCUCCUCACCUGGCGAUACAGAUCUGUCUUUACGUGAGACCAGAGUAGCUCAGUGCUUACCUGAACCAAGGAACAUCAGCCCCUCACCUGAGUUAAUUGCCAACCCUUUUUCACCUGAUUACAUAGUGUCAUUUGAACCUAGGGUUAGAGCCAUAACACCUGAGUUAGAGGACUCCGUCAGUACACCUGAGUUAGUGGACUCCGUCAGUACACCUGACAUAGAUGACACCGUCAGUACAGCUGAGUUAGAGGACUCCUUCAGUACACCUGAGUUAGUGGACUCCGUCAGUACACCUGACAUAGAGGACACCGUCAGUACAGCUAAAUUAGAGGACUCUGUUAGUACACCUGAGUUAGUGGACUACAUCAGUACACUUGAGUUAGUGGACGCCAUCAGUACACCUGACAUAGAGGACACCGUCAGUACAGCUGAGUUAGAGGACACCGUCAGUACACCUGAGUUAGUGGAUUACGUCAGUAGACCUGAGUUAGUGGACUCCAUCAGUACACCUGAGUUAGAGGACUACAUCAGUACACCUGAGUUAGAGGACUCCAUCAGUACACCUGAGUUAGUGGACUCCAUCAGUACACCUGAGUUAGAGGACUCCAUCAGUACACCUGAGUUAGUGGACUCCAUCAGUACACCUGAGUUAGUGGAUUCCAUCAGUACACCUGAGCUGAUACCUCACAUGUCCCCUGCAGAGAGAGACCUGAGCUCCUCAGAGGAAGCCCAGAGCACAAUCUCAACACCUGCCCCCAGGUACACCCCUCCUACACCUGUCACCUCCUCACCUGAGCUCAGGUCUACCAGUGCCACACCUGAACUCAAAUCAGCCAGCAUCACACUUGAAUUGAGAUCAACCAGUGUAACACCUGAACUCAGUCUGCUCAGUGUUCAAACUGAACUCAGGUCAGCCAGUGUCACAACUGAAGUCUGUUUAGCUAGUAUCACAUCUAGUUCUGAACUACUCAGGUCAAUGAGUCUCACACCUGAUUUGAAAUCGGAUCCAUCCUCCUCAACUAGCUCAUACCACUCAGGUUCCUCCUCAACCUCAGACACCUGGACAAAAACGUCCUCAAGAACCCCCUCACCUGAAACAAGGUACUAUAGAACCCUAUCAAGAACCCCCUCACCUGAAACAAGGUACUAUAGAACCCAAUCAAGAACCCCCUCACCUGAAACAAGGUGCUAUAGAACCCUAUCAAGAACCCCCUCACCUGAAACAAGGUACUAUAGAACCCUAUCAAGAACCCCCUCACCUGAAACACGCUAUAAUAGGACCCUAUCAAGAACCCCCUCACCUGAAGUAAGGUACACCAGCCCCCCUAUAAAACCCAGGAGCUCAGCGCAGUCACCUGUGAUCAGAAUCACAUCCUCCAGACCUGAGAUAAAAAGAAGAGACCUCACACCUGAGGUACCUGGACAGGUAAAGGCCAAGUCCCUGGACCCUCGGUUCAACUCCUCCUCCCCCCAGGUCUCAGGUAUCACCUACUCCAUCCUCUCCCCAGAAGCCAGGGUCUUGGUGUCAACACCUGAGAUCAAUGGUCUCCUCUCCUCAGCUGAGCCACGAGGCAGAACACACCUGUCACCUGAGAGGAAGAGCACCACCCCUACCAAAGAGAACAGAUGGAACAGUCUCUCACCUGACUCCAUAGGUAGAGGUUCCUCACCUGGAAGCAGAGGUAGCAACUCCUCACCUGAGAUUACAGGGAUAUACAGCUCUAUCGUACAUCUUCCUAAGACUAGAAAAAUAGCUGCAUCACCGCAGCCGCACAGAUAUAAAAACCUCUCACCUGAGUAUAAAACCCCCUCACCUCCGAAGAGUCAAACUGUCUCACCUUAUCCAACAUAUAAAACCCCCUCACCUCUGCCCAGGUACACAGCCCCCUCACCUCUGCCCAGGUACACAGCCCCCUCACCUCUGCCCAGGUACACAGCCCCCUCACCUGGAGUGGAAGCUGCUCGCUCCUCAUCCGAGCUAAACACUUCAGCUGACUCACCUGGAGUAAAGAGUCCUGGCCCCUCACCUGAACGCAGGGCUUUACCUGGCUCACCUGGAGUAAAGAGUCCUGGCCCCUCACCUGAACGCAGGGCUUUACCUGGCUCACCUGGAGUAAAGAGUCCUGGCCCCUCACCUGAACACAGGGCUUCACCUGGCUCACCUGGAGUAAAGAGUCCUGGCCCCUCACCUGAACGCAGGGCUUUACCUGGCUCACCUGGAGUAAAGAGUCCUGGCCCCUCACCUGAACGCAGGGCUUCGCCUGGCUCACCUGGAGUAAAGAGUCCUGGCCCCUCACCUGAACGCAGGGCUUCACCUGGCUCACCUGGAGUAAAGAGUCCUGGCCCCUCACCUGAACGCAGGGCUUUACCUGGCUCACCUGGAGUAAAGAGUCCUGGCCACUCACCUGAACACAGGGCUUCGCCUGGCUCACCUGGAGUAAAGAGUCCUGGCCACUCACCUGAACGCAGGGCUUCACCUGGCUCACCUGGAGUAAAGAGUCCUGGCCACUCACCUGAACGCAGGGCUUCACCUGGCUCACCUGGAGUAAAGAGUCCUGGCCACUCACCUGAACGCAGGGCUUCGCCUGGCUCACCUGGAGUAAAGAGUCCUGGCCACUCACCUGAACGCAGGGCUUCGCCUGGCUCACCUGGAGUAAAGAGUCCUGGCCACUCACCUGAACGCAGAGCUUCACCUGGCUUACCUGAGAGGCGUGUUGGUGGCCUAUCAGAGCGACUCAUUACUAACGGCACCUCAAACCCAUUGGGUAAUCACCUUUCUCAUGACUUCAGGGAAACAUCACCUACUGAAGAGAGUAGAGAGAUCACCUCUUCACCUGUACUAGGAGAAAUCCCAGUCCCCUACAACUUCUCUGCCCACUCACCUGAGAUCAUAAACAUCACACCUGAAAUCAGAAACUUCAUACCUGAAAUCAGACCCAUCUCACCUGAUCCCACUGCUUCUUCAAGAGGAAGGGGCCCCUCCCUUUCACCUGACCACGGGGUCACAGGUAACUCACCUGUCCAGAGACUGGAUGAUCUGGAGCCUAAACAUCCAGCCUCGUCUCUAACCCCUGACCUUAGUGACAGCAGCAACCCCUCACAGAAGUCUCCUACACCUAAGCACCCAUGUAGAGAAACCUCACCCAACCCAAGGAAUAAAACCAUGGAUAGGCUAACUGAAGAAGACAUGGCUCAUCGUAUGGGUAAGGAAAACACCCCUUCUCCUCCCCUCACCAGGUUCACUCCAGUACACAUCAUACCCCCGGUCCCUGGGAGGCCACAUGGCCACUGGGGAAACAGGAAUCACAGACCCCCUGAGACCCAGGCCAAUAAGGUCAUAAUGGAGUCUGAGAACAUGAUGGAGUCUGUCACAGAGGGUGUGACAUCCAGGGGAAGCCCCACUUUUUCAUCUGUUGACAGUAACACCAGGGCCUACGACAGCCAAUCACACCUGGAAAGGUUGGAAAGGGAGAGGGAGCGGGAGAGGGAGGAGGAGAGGGAGAGAGAUGGGGAAGAGGAGGAGGAGGAGAGGGAGAUGUGGGAGAUGCAAGAUAGGGAUAGAGAGAGGCAGAGGGAAAGAGAAUGGAACAGGGAGAGGGAGAUGGAGAUAAGGGAAAGGGAGAAGGAGGAGAGGGAAAGAGAGAUGGAGAGGCAGAGGGAGGAAGAGAGUGAAAGAGAGAGGGAGAGGAAAAGGGAGGAGGAGAGGGAAAGAGAGAGGGAGAGAGAGGAAAGGCAGAGACACAGGGAGGAAGAAAGGGAGAGGGCAAUGGAGAGGGAGAGGGAGUGGCAAGCGGAGAGGGAGAGGGAGAGGGAAAGGGAGAGGCAGGGGGAGGAGCGGGUGCCUGGAAAGGGGGAGGGAAGGCAGGAGCAGGCCAGUUACAAGGGGGAACAGGUUGACCUGUCAUUCAGUGUCAGGAAUAGAAAAGGGCCUGCAAGCCGCGAAGCAGCUCCCACAAGCAGAGAGAGUCGGCAGGGAAUGCCAGCAGCGCGCUCCUAUUCAGAGAGCCUGCUCACCACCAGACUACAGCAGAUACAACAGCUACAUCAGCAACAACACGGUAUACUGCACAGAGUUGCACACAGCUCCCAGCCAGAGACAGCCAGAGGAGGUGGACCGGGACCCACCAAGAAGAUUCAGCCCCAGCCCAAGUACAAGCCUGCGAUAUCCCAUCUCGGGAGCUCCGUUCCUGGAUGCGUCUCAGUCGACGGCCCCAGCUCCAGCAUGGGCAGCAAGCUGGAUGAGGAGGACAACGAGGUGAAGUGGUUCAGUGACGUGGCCUUCCGCAGCCUGUCCUCUGGAUCCCCUCAGGUGGACUACCUGGACAUGUACAACUCCAGCCACUGCUCCUCCACCGGAGCCUCCCAGCCUUCCAUCCAGGACAGCCCAGCAGGGGCUAAUGCAGCCUGGUUGGCCUACGCCGACCUCAGAGGGUCUGCUCCACGGCUGGACAAUGAAGACUUCCCAGUCCCACGCCAGCAGCAGCAGCCCUCCUCUGGGGCUUAUUAUCCACCCCAUGACGACCUGGACCCAUCCAAAAAAUAUGAGAUGGGCAGUUACGAGUGUGUGGACAUGGCUGUGGAGAGAGAGGAGCCCAAGAAGGUACGGAGAGGAGUGCCCAAGAGACAGAUCCAGCUGAAGAGAAGGAAUACGGCCGAGCUGAAGAUGGGUGAGAACAGCAAUGGUAGUCCUGUCAUGGUUCCUAGUCCUGUAAUGGUUCCUGUGGUUCCUGUGGCUUCUAUUGUUCCAAUGGACAGUCCUUCUCUACAGAGACACAACAGAGAGACGUUGCAGAGACAACACAGCACUCCUCCGGCCUUGCAGGAAGCCUACUGCCCGGAACCCAGCCCUGAACCUGCCACCGAGAGGACUGAGCAGACCAAGAGGAAUGGCAAGCUCCAGAAGUCUUUGUCCCUGGACGAGACAUGUACCAAAACCAAGAUGGCCACCUGCCUGAUCAACAACAUCCUCUCUAAGAAGAUGCAGAAUGUUGGUAAACAAACUGACCAGGAAGGAGAAGGAGGUGACCUCAGCCCCUCUGAGGCCAACACCUCUCCUCCCCCUGAGAGUGAGGCGUCAACCCUUAAAGAGUCCACAAAACCAGAGACACCGAAUCUGAGUUCCAACAUAAAUUCAGACGACAGUUUUUCUUCUGAGCACCUGGCUGUGAGAAGAGAGACCAGCCCAAACACUGACGUAAACAGACAACAGAGAAGUUUCGGAGUGAAAUCCAGUGUUAGACCAAUGAACCAUACUAUUAAUACUAACUCCACUUCUCUACAGCGAAGCAACAAGAGGCCUGGACCUACCAGCAUAACCCCUGAGAUGAGUCCCGACGCACAUUUUGCUCCAGUUACCUUUCCUCGGAGAAGCAACGAGAGAAUUGAAUCUCACAGCAACAGAAGCCCUAACCAUGUUAGCCCUUGGAUGAGGUCUGAGCCCCCUACUACUAGUUGUCCUCAGAGAAACAGUGACAGAACUGAGUCUCCUGCCAGAAACCCAAACUCUUGGAGAACUGACCCGGUCAAACCUGAGAUGAGGUCUGAACUGGUGUUCCCGUUUGAGAGUAAAAAACCCACAGAGAAGAACGCCAGGAUGGGGGGUAAGCAGACACAUGACAGUAAAUGGAGGGAUGAGUGGGAUGACAGUAAACGGAGGGAUGAGAGGGAUGACAGUAAAUGGAGGGAUGAGAGGGAUGACAAACAGGCAGGUGACUCAGCAGAUGCAGCUGCCCGGAACACCAGCGUUCCCGCUGCCACCCGAGCCAUCAGCACGCAGGCAGGAAUGACAAACACAAAGCUGGAAUACCCCUCUGACUCAGAAAACCAUAAACAUCCUAGCGUCAAGAGCACCUACAUGUCCAAAACACCAGAGAUCACUCUGAAACCCAGCCCUGUUACAGAGAUAAAGAAAACCUCUUCUCUCAACAUCUCACUGUUGCCCGAGAUGGAAACUAAACCUGAGGGUAACCACGAGACUGCCUCCCCUGGGAGGACCUGUCAGAGAGAAACAACAGAAGAAGACAGGACAAUGGAGACUUCAGAUACAGAAACCAGAGAUGAAGACAGGAGAAUAGGGACUUCACAUAGAGAAACACGAGAAGAAGAGAAGGGGGUGAUUACCUUGAACAAGAUGAAUGAACAGACUGUGAAUAUGGAUGCCAAUAGGAACAGUAAAGUCAAAGCUCCCAUGCACAAAGUGAGAGAUGUGAGAAGGCUGGUGAAAAACACAUACAACCUGUCGUUCAAGGCCAUUCCAGCACCAGAGAAGGAGGAGAGGAGGGAGGAGAGGAGAGAGGAACAGAGACAGGAAAGGAGGGAGGAGAGAAAAGAGGAAAGGAGGGAAGAGGAGAAAGAUGACAGAGUGGAAAGGAAAGAGGGGAGGUGUGAAGAGAUAAUAGUAAUGAGAGAAGAGAGGAAAGAGAAAAAGCUACCACCUCACCUAAUAUCUCUCCAGAAAGAGGAAAAGCUACCACCUCACCCAACAUCUCCCCAGAAAGAGGAAAAGCUACCACCUUACCUAAUAUCUCUCCAGAAAGAGGAAAAGCUACCACCUCACCCAAUAUCUCUCCAGAAAGAGGAAAAGCUACCACCUCACCCAAUAUCUCCCCAGAAAGAGGAAAAGCUACCACCUCACCCAAUAUCUCUCCAGAAAGAGGAAAAGCUACCACCUCACCCAAUAUCUCUCCAGAAAGAGGAAAAGCUACCACCUCACCCAAUAUCUCUCCAGGAUGAAGAAAAGCUACCACCUCACCCAAUAUCUCUCCAGAAAGAGGAAAAGCUACCACCUCACCUAAUAUCUCUCCAGAAAGAGGAAAAGCUACCACCUCACCCAAUAUCUCUCCAGGAAGAAGAAAAGCUGAUGCAGAUAGAAUUCAAAGCUAUCAGCUGGAGAGAAAACAAAAACAAAACAAUAACAACGUCCAACAAAACAGACAGAGAAACGUCCAGAGGCAAACCUAAGCCUGAUUCUUUACAGCAGGUGUCCAAAGGACCCCGGGACCUCUCUGAUGUAGCACCUAAGAGUUGCGCAACAGAGGAAGUAGCUGUGACAGAGACAGAGUCAAACCAACACAAGAUCCCUGUACAGGACACUGUCAAAACAGAAACAGGCAACACCAAGGUGAAACCCAGUGAAACAGAGUCAACGAGAGUAACCAGGAGACACCGAAGUCUAUCAGAGUCUAGUGACAAACCUGAAGUGGUGAGAAGAGAUACCAAGCCACCUAUGCUGGGCAGCAGCCCUAAACUCCCCAGUAAAGACAGAAGAGUGUCUUGUGCUUCUCUGGUGCUACAGGAUGGAUCCAAUAAGCCUAAGUCAUUCUCAGCCUUAGUUCCUGCCUGCUCCCCAGCUCCAGCUCCAGCAUUCCCAGUCACAGCUCCAACCCUGGCCUCCUCACCCUCACUUGGUCCCAAAACUUCGCCAGCCCCAGCUUCUCCUCCAGCACCAGCCUCAUCCCCAGUUCUAGGCACUCCACCUUCCACUGUCCCCACCAAGACCCCCACCCCUACCCCCAGCCACUCUGUGUCCAUACUGGUCAAGGAGAAGGGCUACCAGGCAGAUAUUGGGUCUUUGGUCUCUGAGGCUGUGUCAGAGGCCAUAACAAGAAGUGGGCGUGAAGGUGGGGUUGGAGGUGGGCGUGAAGGUGGGGUUGGAGGUGGGGGUGGGGGUGGGGGUGGAGGCGUCCCAGGGAAACAUAUCAACCAAAUAGAGAUCCCUCUUCAGACCCGUGGACCCUCAGAUGGGGGUACGAGUGACUCACACAGACAGAGAACUUACUCGUCCUCUUCUACAUCCUAUGUGAAAGCAGCGUCAUCCGUAUCAUCCUCAAGCACUGUGAAAGAAACCUCAUCCUUCUCUUCGACCUCUGUCAAUGCGUCAACCUCCGCAUCGUCUUCUGUGAAUGCAUCAACCUCAGCCUCAUCCUUUUCCUCAUCUUCCGUCAAUGCAUCAGCCUCUUCCUCUCAUACCCUUUCGGCCCCAAAUUCUCCUAGGCUUCGAAGAGACUCUGCUCAAAUGGAUGACAGUGUUAGGACCCCUUCGAAUCAGGAGAGGGUUAGUGUCAGAGCCACGGUCAGAGACAUAGAGCAACGCACGUCAUCAUCACCACCACCCUCACAGAGGAAAACACAGGAAGACACUGCUGAAAAAGAGACGGUGAAGAAAUCAACCUACUCACCUAAGUUACCAGGCUCGCUACCAGGCUCACCAGCACUGAUGAGAACAUACCAACCACAGGUGAUCGAGGUGAAGUCGUUGUCCAAAGAAACACAUAAACAAGAUAAACAAGAGAAGAGCAUCACGUCAAGCACCAGACCGCAAACUAUAGAGGUUCACUCAAUAGCCAACAGUCCGCCAGUGGUACUGAAACCAAAGUUCAAACCGACAGAUGCAAAUUCACUGUCCAAUGAAACACAGCAGACACCAGUGGAGGCAGCAACAUCAGCCUUCAAACAACACACCGAAAAGGAGAGACCUGUGAACAAUGAGAAACCAUCAACUUCAGCUACGACUAUCCACAGACAUCUAUCGAACGAUUCGACACCACCGUCUAACUACAAUAAAAAGUUAGCUGUUUCUGCAGUGUCCAGCUACAGGCCUCCACCUAACAAGACAACAAUCAUCGCUAAUUUCUCUCACAAACCAGCGUCAACAACAGCAGACACAGAGACAUCCAAUGAAAGGCCAAAGCAACCAGAGGCAUCAACCCAGGGACAAGGAGAGGCCCCCAGCUACACACAGAGACCCACAACCCUCACAGUCUCAGCUCCAGCUCCAGCUUCAGCCCCAGCUCCGAACCAAGCCCCUGCUGCCCCAGCUCCUGCCCAAGUCCCUACCCAUGCCCCUGCCCAAGUCCCUACCCAUGCCCCUGCCAAAGGCUCUACCAAUGCCCCUGCCCAAGUCCCUACCCAUUCCCCUGCCAUACACUCAAACCAGCCAGCUGUUGUGGAUAUAACCAACCACCUGCAGCAUCCAAAAACAACAACAGCGUACCCUCAGGAGCAAACUAUGCCGGUUACCUUCAACAAUACAAACCAACCUGCCACGGUAUCCACAAACACACAGGCUCCCGUAUACACACACCACAUACACACACAGCAGCCCAUACACAGAUCCUUGUCCAGCGACCACUCGCAGAGGGCAGACGACCUGCGUUUCUACGCAUCAGAUGACCCCCCUAGUUACGACGAGAGAGAGAGGUUCAGCCCCCUCCACCUACCUGACCUGCCCCAGAGGAAGCUGAACCGCUACCACCCCUCCUCUUCCUUCUCCUCUGCCUCCUCCCGUCCCCCUCCCUGCUCCUGCACCUCUGGCUGCCCCUCCCACGGCCUUACACCCCCUCACCACCACCACUCCCCCCACACCCCUCCCUUCCCCUUCCCCUCCCCCUCCCACUCCCCCGGUCAACCCCCUCUCCGCCUACACCAGUGCAGAGCCGAUCCCCAUUCUCUGAGAUCAAUCGGCUACCAGCCCAGCUCUCCCAAAUCAUCCACCCUCCCCAGCCCCACCCAGCCUCCUCCAGGCAUGUACCAGUCCCUUCACCAACCCCACCCCUCCAUACUCCAGCCCUGCCUGGCUGACCGCCCUCUCCAGCACCCCCAACACAUGGAACCCCGUCGGGCCCCCACUCUCCACUGCUCCCCCCAGGGCCAGCCAUCUGUCUCCGGGGGCCCCUACAGUGACCUCAGCCACUCUCCCAACCUGCCCCCUAUGGACCCUCAGUACUUGUGCAGCUCACAGAGCCUAGGGCCAUCCUAUGGAUCUGAUUAUGGGAGUCUGUCUGGGUCUGACUACCCAGACAGUACAGGUGGUCUGGGGUACGGGCAAACCCCUCGCAGGGUCCUCAUGGAUCCUGACACGGGGAAGUAUUUCUACAUUGAGGUGCCUGUGCAGCCACUGAGGAAGAUGCUGUUUGAUCCAGAGAUGGGCCAGUACGUGGAGGUACUCAUGCCUCAGAGUACCAUGUCUCACUCCGGCCUUUACCCUCCCUUGGCCGCCCCCUACUCCACCACCUCAGCGGCCCCCUACUCCUCCAUCCACAACCCCAACAUAUAUUCCCCUGCCCCCCAGUACCUUCCCUAUGGCCCCCCUCCUCCUGCACCUCACCCCCAGUCCCAGCCCCAGCCACCCCGCCACCCAGAGGCUCCAGCCCCAGGGACGAUGCACCAGAAUGGGGCUCAGGUCGGCUACGGGUCCAAGCCGGAGCCCCAGAAUCAUGCACCUCUGGACCAGAGCUACCUGGAUAGCAUGUACUACGUCCCUACAGGCAUGAACACUAGCCCCCCGGACUGCUACCACAAACAACCCUCCAGUCUGCCCAACGCGGGGGGGAAGAGGGCCUGAAAUAGUCGUCUUCCUGGUGCCUGUACGGUCUCAGAAUACAGCCAUGCCAGGUUGUAUAUGAGGAGGUAUAAUGUAAGCCUCAGGCCUUGUUGUUAGCUUUGUUUCUCUGGCAACUGGACUGGAGUGAAUGAUUCUUUAAAUGUGGUUGUUUGUUGUUUUGUUGUUUAUGUUCUUCGCUGCUUUUUAUUUGCCUGGUUGCCUGAUUAUGUUAGCUUUUUAGGCAUUGAUUUGGUAAGAGAAAAAAACUAUUAUCGUGUUAGAAGGUCCUUGAUGAUAUUUCUGGGAUUUCUAAUUAUAUUUUUCUUCGACAAAAACCAAAAAUCUAAAUGUACUACUGGUUACCUAAAAGCCAUCAGGUUAUCUUAUCCAUUCUCAUAGAUUAUUCAUUCAAUCUAAACACUUACUGUUUGCAUUUACAUUACGUUUAGAUACAUGUUUCAAUGCAUACGUCUAAUAUUUGAAAUAAAUUCACCUUGUAUUAAAACCAAUAUCUCCUAAAGACUUGAAACUGCUAUUUGGGAAGAUCUCAUGUAUGUGAUAUUUUUCUCUGUUUAUCAUUGAAUGAAUAGGUUUUGUUCACAAAGAAGCUGCAAUGACACUAAUAAAAAUGUGUAAGAUAUUGAAUGUAAUAAAACUACUGUA